GUGGCGAGAAAAAGAAGGCUGGAUUAAAAGAGAGAGGAGCUGCGAGUCGAAGUGAGAGUGAGGGAGGAGAGAGGGAGAAAAGAAGGAGGAGAGCGAGAGAGGGAGACGGGUGAUACUGUAGAUGCAGGAGCCGCCUGACAGUUUGCAGAUGCCGACAGAUGUGCCCGAAAACAGGCUCGACAAUGAGGAGAAAGAGACCAAGUGUGAGAACAUGACUCUGCCCAGCACACCCACUGUUCGCAGAGGAAGCACCCCUUUGCCUAUUAAGCACCAGCUGAGACGGGAAGAAGCCGUCCACGAUGACUGUGAGUGGUCACCAGCGGGGCCUUCCGCUCCGCCUAUCAGCUUCAGCCCAGCCCUGGUCAACACACCCACCGUGGCUGUGGAAGGCAGCCAUGAGGGGCCGUUAAAGAUCGCCCUGUUGGGCCAGAACGGCGUGGGCAAGUCAUCCCUGGCCAUCGCCCUGGCUGGGGACAUGGACAGGUCGGCAUCGGUGGAUUCAGACGGGGAAGGUUACGUACAUACUGUCUCCGUGGACGACGAGGAGAGCACAAUCAUCAUCUAUGACAACUGGAGGCAGGAUCUGUCCUGUCUGCAGUGUGAGGUGUGUGUGUUGGUGUUUUCGGUGACGGACAGACGCAGCUUCCACCGCACCGCUCAGCUCCGACUCCUCCUGAGGGAGACUCAGCCUCAGACUCCCAUCAUCCUUGUCGGUAACAAGAGUGACCUUGUGCGAUCCCGGGAGGUCACCGCUCAAGAGGCCAUUUCCAGUGCUGCCCUCUUCAACUCUCUGUACCUGGAGAUCUCUGCCUCUCUGGACCACCGUACUACAGAGCUGCUGGAGUGCGCCGUACGGUUGGCUAGGGGCCAACCCCCGUGGCCCCCCGGGACCAACGCGGAGGACAUGAGUGGUGGAGGACAACGCGAAAGCAUCACCUCACGUGCCAAACGCUUCCUGUCUAACCUGGUUCCUCGCUACCCACGAGAGCGGGAGGCUGGGAAGUUCCUCAGACAGAAGUCCAGGUCCUGUCAUGACCUGGGAGCUCUGUGAUGGAGCCCUGGAGGGAGGAGAUGUAGAUGUUCAAACCAUUAUGGGUGAUAGUUCUGAAAUGUAUCCAUUAACAUUUUGUACUUAAAUAGUAGGAGACUAAGCGAAUCUGUCGGCGCUGAUGUAAAUAAAGCACAGUCGUGAUUUUCACCGUCAUAGUUUUGAGCAGCUGAGUAAAAGACGCUUCUGGAGUCACAGUUUUGGUCUCAUCUUUCAGUGAAAGCAGUUAAAACGGUCCUAGUCUUCUUUAGAGGUCUCAAAUACAAGAUGUGUGUGGCAUUGAAGCUCUCACCAGGGACUCACUACUGGCUCAAAGAACACUACCUUCAAUUCUGGGAAUGUGCUGCCAAUACUACUGAGGUGCUCAGUUGAACAAAGCAUUAACUGCUACAAUGUUUAUUAUAUCACCGUGAGCCGCAUGUAUUUUCUUUUCAAAGGGGUGUAAAGAAUAAGUCAAAAGAAGCCCACUGAAGGAUACAGAGACAACAAUACACCUAGUUUUCUUCAAAUUCAUUUAAGGAUGAAAUAGCUAUCCAUGUGGUUCUCAGGGGAACCCAUGUCCGUUUAUAUUGGAGGAUUAUACUUUGUGUGGCGUUGGUCUCCAUGGCGAUGAAGCAGUGGAGCGUGGAAUUGCCAGUUUAUGUGGAAUAAAGACACAACCCUGGACAGUGCUGGCACACACCAUGGCGGAUGGAAUUAUUGUUGCCAUGCUACAGUCGCUAAGGAGACCUGACAUGCACACGUUAUGCAAAUAUUGACAUUCAUUGCUGAUGACUGGUAUCUUGGCUGACUGAAAUCCAGUCACCGACAAACGGAUUGAAACAUAAUGUUGUACGGUAUUCUGUGAAAAUGUCAUCUGUGUGCUCAUGAGCACCACACUAGGCCCUCAGCUGUUCCAACCUCCCACUCCCACCCACUCGUGAACAAAGACUUGGCACAUCUCAGGUCGUUACAUGCAACAUUUUCAAAGAAGGAUCAGUGCCAUGAAAGAAAUAGGAAUAAAAUGGUGGCGUGACUCACUGCUCUGGCUCCGAACUACUGAAAUAGAUAGAAAGGUUUCCGAGAUUGACAGGGUGACUUUCUGUCGCCCCGUAGUGGCCAAAUUCAGCAAUGCAUCCGUGAGAUGAGGAAGGAGGAGCAAAUAGUUGAAAGGAUUCGAUUGAAAAUGAAACUAUAGGUUUCAUUGCAUGGGAAUA